UUUAAAACUGCAACAAUGAAAAAACCCGGAAGAAAGGGAAGCCAGCCUUUUCUAAGCUUAGAAAAAGCUAAAAACGUAGAGUUUACAAUAAAGUGUGGGACUUUACAAUAAAAAAACUCAACUCACCGUUGAAAUCAUCCAUCUCCGCCGUUGAUCGUUGCUUCGUUUAGUUUCGCCGCCGGAUUGACGGCGGCCUCAUAACGAAAAGGUGUGGUCAAUAGAGAGUAAAAAUACAGGUUUCAUUCAUGUUCGUUCUAUAACUCCGCCGUCAAUCGCCGUGAACGAUGAGCAAACCACUGAGUUUUUAUAGGUCUUAUUUCCUUUCCAAAACGAUGUCGUUUUUGCGGCGGAGGAACGGUACGGAUUCUUCAAAGACUCGAGUCGCCGAUCCCAACAUCAAAAAAGACGGCGCCGCCGACGACGACAAGAAGAAGGACGAAUACAAGAUCCCACAAAGACGAAAUUAUGGUUCGAAAAAAUGGUCGUGUUGGGACAAUUGUUGUUGGUUCAUCGGUCUUAUAUGUUCGAUAUGGUGGUUUUGUUUGUUCUUAUACAACACAAUGCCCGAUUCAAUCCCUCAAUUCGUAACGAUGGCGAUAACCGGUCCAUUACCGGACCCUCCCGGUGUUAAGUUAAGAAAAGAAGGUUUGAUGGCGAACCACCCGGUGGUGCUCGUUCCCGGCGUCGUCACCGGUGGUCUUGAACUUUGGGAAGGUCGUCACUGUGCUGAAGGAUUGCUUGGUAAACGCCUUUGGGGUGGUUCCUUUGGUGAAUUUUACAAAAGACCAUUAUGCUGGCUUGAGCACAUAUCGCUUGAUAAUGAUACUGGAUUCGACCCUCCUGGUAUAAGAGUCAGACCUGUAACUGGACUUGUGGCAGCUGAUUAUUUUGCAACGGGUUAUUUUGUUUGGGCUGUCGUAAUAGCUAAUUUGGCUCAUAUCGGGUACGAGGAAAAAUCGUUGUAUAUGGCUGCUUAUGAUUGGAGGUUAUCAUUUCAGAACACCGAGAUCCGGGACCAAUCUUUGACCCGAAUAAAAAGUAAUAUCGAGCUCUUGGUCGCUACACACGGUGGGAAAAAAGUAGUAGUCCUUCCACAUUCAAUGGGAGUUCAGUACUUUCUGCAUUUCAUGAAAUGGGUCGAAACACCGGCUCCGAGGGGUGGUGGAGGUGGUCCAGAUUGGUGUGCGAAGCACAUUAAGGCCAUAAUGAAUAUUGGUGCACCCUUUUUAGGUAGUCCGAAAUCUAUUGCACUGCACUUUUCUAUCGAAGUCCGGGAUAUAGCAGCUCUCAGGGCUCAAGCACCGGGUUUGUUGGACAAAGACGUACUCGGUCUUCAAACUUUUAAGCAUUUAAUGCGGAUGUUCCGAACAUGGGAUGCUACUUUUUCGAUGAUACCCAAGGGUGGAGAAACUAUCUGGGGCGGUCUAGAUUGGUCGCCUGAAACAGAAACCGUUAACAAUAGUGCAAAAAAGGGGACGGACAAUAGCACUCGUAAUACAGGUGGAAACGGCAAUAUCUGUAAUACGAAAGGUGUGAAUUACGGGAGACUUAUUUCAUUUAGUAAAGAUUGGGCCGAAACACAUUCCUCCAAAAUCGAGAGGGUUGAUUUCAAGCAUGUUGCAAAGGGCGAUAAGCUUACGAAUUCGAGUAACUGCGAUAUAUGGUUAGAAUAUCAUGAAAUGGGAAAUCGAGCUAUCAAAGCGGUUGCUGAUCACAAAGUUUACACUGCUGGAUCGAUUUUGGACCUGCUUCAUUAUGUUGCCCCGAAGUUGAUGGCACGGGGAGCUUCUCAUUUUUCGUAUGGGAUAGCCGAUGAUUUGGAUGACCCGAAGUAUGACGAGUACAAAUAUUGGUCAAACCCCUUAGAAACAAAGCUACCGAAUGCUCCGGACAUGGAAAUAUACUCGUUAUAUGGAGUCGGACUCCCCACCGAAAGAGGUUAUAUCUACAAAGUAGCUCCUCCAAGUGAUUGCUCAAUUCCAUUUCAAAUAGACACCUCUGUAGACGGUGAUAGUGAAGAUUCAUGCCUAAAAGGUGGUGUUUUCUCUGGUGACGGAGAUGAAACCGUUCCUAUCAUAAGCGCGGGUUUCAUGUGUGCAAAAGGUUGGCGUGGUAAAACCAGGUUCAACCCUUCGGGAAUACGUACUUACAAUCGAGAGUACAAACAUGCACCCCCGGCUAAUCUUUUAGAAGGUCGAGGCACCCAAAGUGGUUCUCACGUUGAUUUAUUGGGAAAUUUUGCUUUGAUCGAGGAUGUUCUACGAGUUGCUGCUGGGGCUACCGGGGAGGACAUUGGUGGAGAUCGUGUUUAUUCCGAUAUAUUUAAAUGGUCUGAAAGGAUCAACAUAAAGCUCUAGGACAAUGAUCUUCCUUUCACUUCUCCUUCGGGUUUUUUACUCGAUGAAACGACCUGUUGUUGACAGUAGCAGCGGUCAUUUUUGUCGGCAUUUUGGAAUGUCGGUUAAGUUCGAGAAAACAGGAUUUGAGGUCCUGGAAAAUGUUUUGGUAUCAAUCCUUUGCGUUGUACUAAAAAAAAAGCACAAAGAAAUGACAUCCCACGGUAAGAUAUAUAUGCCAUGCUCUUUCAAUGGUAGGGGUGGUUGCUAAUUUUUUCUCAAAUUUUUUCAAAUUUCGGAUGGAUGUUCGGGUUAUCCUUACUUAUCUAGGGUGAUUGAAAUUCUGUCAAAUUCAAAAUAUCAAUCAUGAUAUGGUCCAUGCCCCAUGUCUUGAAGUAAAGAAAUUAGUUUAAAGUUAAGUGUGCACUUUUUUUCAGGCUGGUCACAUAGUGUUUUAUUUGAACAUUGAAGCAAUGAAUAUAUGAAAUGGGACCAAGACAGACAUUUUUCUCUGA